AUGUCUUCUCUUCCUGUUCAAGUUGAUCAAAAUGAAGUGGUUGAUGAUGACCUAACAAGUUCAGUUAAAAAUGAUGAUGAAACUAAUUCCAAAUCGUCUUCGAUUGGUGUGUUGAGUCAUGGAGAUGGUGGUGAUGAUGAAGAUGGCGAAGAAGCACAAAGCAAGGCUGUUGUUGAGGAAGGAUCCCUCAGUUCUUUGGCUACAUUGGAAGCUGCUCUUCCUUUUAAACGGGGAUUAUCAGGAUUUUAUGAAGGAAAAUCAAAGACAUUCAUGAAUUUGGGUGAUGUGAAAAGUAUAGAAGAUGUUGAAAAAGAAGAAAGCCCUUUGAACAAGAGGAGACGUUUGACCAUGGCAACUACUUUGUAUAAAUGGGGUAGUAGCAGCUCAAGUUCAAUGCCUCAUUUGACACCUACUGAUGGUGAAAACACACACAAUGUUGAGGUUGAACAAGAGUACAAAUCAUCCACUAGCAGCACUAGCUUUAAUUCCGCCGAUUCCACCACCACCACCACCAAGCCAUCCAUCAACUGA